GGAAAUUGUUUCCUGCUAUGGUGUUCACCAUCAUAGAAAUUCUUUUCCUUAGGAUCCAUCAUGGAACAAGAUGUGUGGGAAGAAUGAAAAUGCAGGACGAUAAGAACUCUAAUGAACCAAAAGUUCCGAUAAAAGAGAAAUCACCAACUCAGCUAGGGGUGGAUGAUGAUAUAUUAUAGCAUAUAAGCAAAUUUUUGCGUGGUAUGGAAUUGAUAGGUGGUCGUCAUUUGGAACGAUAUAAUAUGCAUCUUCCCUCGCUGUCUCCCGUUUUCAGAUUUUGCCCUCUCCGAUUUUUUUGCAGGCAGUGGAAGCGUGGUUUGAAGACGGUUUGUAGUAAGUAGUAGGUUUUCAUGUUGUUGUAGCUUUUGCUGAGUCAUCUUCUUGGUUCUAUGAAAAAUCCUUUUUCUAUGUUACAUCCUGCAUAAAAAGAGAAGUGUUUGAUUGGACAGUAAAGAAAGCAUCGAAACUUCAUGUCUCUUAUUCGUUUCCCGUUCGUGUGCGAAACGAUUUUCUGAUUCGCAGAAGCGGCGUUGCAGAAGAUUGAACAGCGUUUAAUAUACCGCGUUUACAUUUAUUGGAAGAAGCUGCAUGCCGCAUCAUGGGUGAAGAACGGGACCGCAAGGCCGUGAAGGCCAAGAAGAGCGAGAAAAAGUCUGCUAGGAGAGAGUCCGAUGCUCCACGACCGGCAAAGCAUGUUGGAGAAGACAUGCGGGAAUCAACAACGAGGAGAUCCAGGGACGCUGUGAAGGACACGAAGCUCAAGGAACACAAGAAAAAGACAAGAAGAAAGUCUUCUAGGAAGGAUGAAGAAGGUAAGAAGAAGAAGAGGAGGAAGCGAUCGAGAUCGUCGAGUUCGGAGACCAGUUCAUCCUCGUCAAGUUCCUCAGAUAGCAGUUCCUCCUCCUCUGAUAGUAGUGAUGCUGAGUCACGUAAGCGAAGAAAGAAGGCUGCUCGUAAGAACAACAAGGAGCAGUCUGGCACAAUACCUGGUGUGGAUUUAGCUUCAUCAGGUGUUUUACCACCCCAAGAAAUAGUACCUGUACCUGGACCUGGAUCUUCAAUUUUGGUGGUGGGAGGACACGUACAUCAUCAUCAGCAACAGGCCCCUUUAGAAGAGGAGGAUGCGAAUUCCGCUAACAACCUUUAUGCGAAAAAAGAGGAGCCGCCACAGCUGAUCCGGAAUCAGUGGGUGCGCAAGAAAGGCGACCCUGAAGACGGUUCUUUUAAAGGCCAGAAGAAAGGUGCAUCUAAAGGUGGCAAAGGUGCAUCUAAAGGUGGAGGUGCAGACGGGGCACCCGAAAAGAUGGAACAGCCCAAUUUUGAAACUUCAGGACUGCUGGCUAUGGAGGAUGCCUAUGAGAGGGAGCAACAGACCAAUCCUAGUGGGAAAAAGAGCAAUUUCCGGAACGACCUGGAAAGUGGGAAACUCGUGGGGCAAAAGGUACUUUCCCUCUUUUUACUUCGUCCACUUGUUUUUCUAUCUUUUGGCCUAUCUAGUGACAAAGACCACGAUAAAAACCGCGUACAGGAUGAUGAGACGCUUAUUCUUGCAUUACAAGUAGAGUGUGACUAGAGAAGGUUACGACCGAAAAUAUGACAGUAAAUUUACAUCGUAUUCGAAAACUCAAAAUAACCGAGUUACUGACUGAAAUAAGGGAGGCACUAGCUUAUAGCGUCAAGGCUACCUUUCCUUCUCAUCAGUAUCUCGCUUAUUCUAAGUAGUUACUCGCUUAUUUCAGUUUAUCGAAUACAAGAAUUUCACCUUCAGACUCAUUCAGUAUUUGUGAGCUUUUAGGAGCAUGAAAAACGAUAAAACAACAGCUUGGCUUACCACUGGAUGCCGUGGCUCCUGCGAAGGACGUGUGGCGAAUUUAUGUCUUUGCCAAGACGGAUCAGGGAGAGCCGAAGAUCGCAUAUUUAAGUGGAAAGCCUGGUUUCACGUUCGGCAAGGACCGCAAAGUGGUGGACAUCCCCACCGACCAUCCAUCCUGCAGUAAGCAGCAUGCGGCGAUUCAUUUUAGGCGGAACAAGAGCACUGGGGAAGUGGUGCCGUACGUGAUCGAUCUGGAGUCCACGAAUGGCACGUUUCUGAAUGGAGAACGCUUGGAGGGCGCGCGAUACUACGAAUUACUUCCAAAGGACAAGCUAAACUUCGCCAACAGCACAAGGGACUACAUACUCAUGAGCAAAUGAACAGGAAACCCCUGCUGCUGCACUUCUUCUCCCUGCUCGUGAGCACAAGAAGACGAACAGGAUCCUUCUACUGCGCUUCUCUCAUAGUCUGGCUGGUGAGGACCGGAUGAAGAUGAACAGGAAGCCCCUGCGUUUCUCUCAUAGCCUGGAUGGUGAGGACCGGAUGAAGAUGAACAGGAACAAACCCGUCAACAGCUUUCUCUCACGUAGCUAAGCGGCAUGGACCUGCAUCAGAGGCACACACAGACAUGGCGUCAUUAUGGCGUCACUUCCCAUAACCUGGCUGAUUGACAUUGGUUAUGACCACGCUUGUACACGGUGCAACCCUUCGUCCAGCGGCGCCAUGCAAUAUUCUUGGUGGGUUCUGGUCAACCUGAUGGGCUCUGCCUGAAACUCAUUGGUUCUACCGCAUCUCUUCUAUCUGACGAGUUCCGAGGAAGCUUUCUCUCCCGAGAGUUCUCCAGGACUGGUCCUCCACUUUAAGAGCACUUCAGGACUAGUACAACUUUGUUGCAAAAGUAAUUCAGGACAACCCUGCGUGCAGUGCAACACCGCGUCAGCUACUCAGGGGAAACUAUGGGUGACUGGUGAGGUUCAUCAGAGUCUCUGGGUAACUGGGCCCACCUUUCCUACUUCAGACUUGGUCCUAAUGACAAUCAAUUACUUACUAUCAAUGUCUUCAAUUACUUACUAUUCUUUCUCGAACAAGGAGCAAAAGGUCAAAGGACCUGUCAAUAUUUUCCCACAAUUUUGAAGGAAAUAGACCUUCAAUUUUCAAUCAAGGACCAAGAACGCUUGUGGCCUGUGUCUCGAGAAGAUCUCGCUCUUUUUAGAAGGACUAUCUUAGAAAGGAACAUCAUAGAAGAAGAACAUAAGACAAGAACAUGAUUAAUAGACAAUGGUCUCUUUUUGGAAUUUGUGAAUGAUCUGAAUCUCAACCAUGUAGAAGUUCUUUCUGCAUACCUUGUAAUGGUCGUUCUCUCUGGAUACCUUGAGGAAAGAAGAUCUCAUUCAGAGUUACAAAACACUUUGGGAGAUCUCUCACAAUUUUAUAGAGGAAUUUCGG